AUGACUUCAUGCUUUGGGGGUAGUGAACUUCUUAUUACAAAUGGAAAUGAAUUUAGCCCUGUCGAUAUUAGCAGUGAAUCACCUCGAGCUCCUCUUUCUGAUGUUAGUUCAAUUAAUGAACCAACAAAUAAUAAUGAGAUAUGCAAAUUACCUUAUCGUCCAUCAAUAGAUAACAGUACAAAUGCAACGAGUUGGGAUAUGUGGUUUUGUUACAAGAAUCAAUGUCCAACUGAGAGUCAACAAUCAUCAAAUUGCAAAUUGGGUAAUUAUGGUUUGAUCUCUAUUGAUGCUUGGGAAUCAAACAAAACAAUCGUUAAAUCGAUUAGUCAAGAUGAGAUGAUACGUAACUCUGUUAGAGAACAAUGUCUUCAAUAUUAUUAUUAUUUCACUGUUUAUGAUAAAUUUGAUUGGGGUCAACAAAUUUCAGUAUUAAUUAAAUCUGAAAAUGAAACUGAUGACGAAAAUGAAAUCGAUCGACUAUCAAUUGUUGACAUAUUAGAAAAUCGUUGGCAUCCCAGAAAUAUUACAUUCAAUUCAACAUAUGCUAACUAUACUUUGAUGUUUCAUUUUGAAGUUACAAAUGAUAAUCGAACCAAUGAUCCUACAUUGAAUAAAACAAUCUAUUUCGCCUUAGAUAAUAUCGAACUAUAUAAUCGAAAUUGUCGAAAUUUGAUCGAGCCAGCUACUAUUUCGACGACUACAUCAACAAUUACGUCACAAUCUCCAACGACAACAGCAAUAACAGCGAGUACAACAGAUGAAUCGACAGAUAAUCGUCCAGUAACGUCUAAUAAUUUGGGUUUAAUUCUUGGUCUGUCACUUGGUCUUGGUAUUCCCGCUGUAGCUGCCUCUAUUGGUGGUAUUGUCUACUAUUUAAAAAUAGCUAAACCGAAGUCUAAAGUAAUAGUUCAAAAUUCUAAUGCUGCUACUGAAAUUCCAAUGACACCGACGAUGAGCUCCACCAAUCGCGAUACGACAGCAACAGUUUGA